AAUGGGCCAGCUGCUCGGCUCUACCGUCCAGAAGAACCUGCUCCUUGGUCCUACCUGUUCCUCAGUCCAGUGGUGUUUUGCUUUCACCAGCCAUCUUCUCUCUCCCCGGCGCCAGCAUCUGCAGUGUGGGCACCUCCUGGUGUCCACUGCGCGUGUGCGAGAAGCGCUGUGCUUUGUGAAUGGCCACCUGUAGUCUUCUUGUACCUGUCUGCAGUCUCUGGUCAUCUCUUGUACUAUGUCUGCAGUCUCUGGUCAUCUCUUGUACUAUGUCCACAGUCUCUGGUCAUCUGCUGUAGCAUGUCCGCAGUCUCUGGUCAUCUCCUGUACUAUGUCCGCAGUCUCUGGUCAUCUGUAGUAUGCCCACAGUCUCUGGUCAUCUCUUGUACUAUGUCCACAGUCUGUGGUCAUCUCUUGUACUAUGUCCACAGUCUCUGGUCAUCUGCUGUAGUAUGUCCGCAGUCUCUGGUCAUCUGUAGUAUGCCCGCAGUCUCUGGUCAUCUCCUGUAAUAUGCCCGCAGUCUCUGGUCAUCUCUUGUACUAUGUCCGCAGUCUCUGGUCAUCUCCUGUACUGUGUCCGUAGUCUCUGGUCAUCUCCUGUACUAUGUCUCUGCAGUCUCUGGUCAUCUCCUGUACUAUGUCUCUGCAGUCUCUGGUCAUCUCCUGUACUAUGUCCGCAGUCUCUGGUCAUCUCCUGUGCUAUGUCCGCAGUCUCUGGUCAUCUCCUGUACUAUGUCCGCAGUCUCUGGUCAUCUCCUGUGCUAUGUCCGCAGUCUCUGGUCAUUUCCUG